UCCUCCUCCUCCUCCUCCUCCUCCUCUUCCUCUUCCUCUUCCUCUUCUUCGUCCUCAUCCUCCUCCUCCUCGCCCCGCUCGCUGCCCGCCCGCCCUGGGGACGCUGAGGUGGCAGGGGACACGCCGGGAGGUCGGUCCCGCCGGGCCGGGGGCUGAGAGAAGGGGCAGGGCAGGGCCGGGCCGGGCCGGGCCCCGGUGGGCAGGGGCUGGCGCUGGCGCUGGAGGUGAGGGAGUGGCUACAAACACCCCCCCCCCCCCCAGCCCUAACCCGGGCCCCUUCCUGCUCUCUUCCAGCCCCGUGAGGCCGAGCGGCAGCAGUCACUCAAGUGCAGCCAUUGAUCAUGAGAUGCUACCACGGAACCUACCUCAGAAUUUGCUUUUGGUUGUUGGUUUGCUGCGUCAUAAAUAUCAACAGGAGCCCUGCAGAUACUCUUGAAAGUCUCUGAACAGAUUGUGACAUCGAAUCAAAGAAUGAUGACCUAAUGUAGGUCAAAGUCUGAAACAUUGAUUCAGCAGUUCAAGAUAACACUGCUUUUUUUUUUUUUUUAAUCAGUAUCGCCUCUGAACGCUACAGAUCUCUUGCAGUUUCUUCCCUGGUUACUUCAGAAAUAUUCAGCUGACCUUUCUCUGGUAAAAAGGUCUUGACUUUUCACUCUGGUCCUGGAAAUAUUAAUGGAAUACAGUCAUGUCUACCCAGGACGAGAGGCAGAUAAAUAGUGAAUAUGCUGUGUCCUUGCUGGAGCAGUUAAAAUUCUUUUAUGAGCAGCAGUUGCUGACUGACAUAGUAUUGAUUGUUGAGGGCACCGAAUUUCCCUGCCAUAAGAUGGUUCUUGCAACGUGCAGCUCGUAUUUCAGAGCCAUGUUCAUGAGCGGGCUAAGUGAAAGUAAACAAACACAUGUACACCUGAGGAAUGUGGAUGCAGCCACGCUACAAAUUAUCAUAGCUUACGCAUACACGGGUAACUUGGCAAUAAGUGACAGCACGGUGGAACAGCUUUAUGAGACUGCCUGCUUCUUACAGGUAGACGAUGUGCUACAGCGGUGUAGGGAAUACUUAAUCAAAAAAAUUAAUGCAGAAAAUUGUGUGCGUCUUUUAAGUUUUGCUGAUCUCUUCAGCUGCGAGGAGUUAAAACAGAGUGCUAAAAGAAUGGUAGAGCACAAGUUCACAGCUGUGUACCACCAGGAAGCUUUCAUGCAACUGUCACAUGAUCUACUGAUAGAUAUUUUAAGCAGUGACAAUUUAAACGUGGAAAAGGAGGAGACAGUUCGUGAAGCUGCUAUGUUAUGGCUGGAGUACAACACGGAAUCGCGAUCGCAGUAUUUGUCCUCUGUUCUUAGCCAAAUCCGUAUCGAUGCACUUUCAGAAGUAACGCAGAGAGCCUGGUUUCAAGGCUUACCACCCAACGAUAAAUCAGUGGUGGUGCAAGGAUUGUACAAAUCUAUGCCCAAGUUUUUCAAGCCCAGACUCGGUAUGACAAAAGAGGAGAUGAUGAUAUUCAUUGAAGCUGCUGCUGAAAACCCUGGUAGUCUUUAUUCUUCUGUCUGUUACAGCCCACAGGCAGAAAAAGUUUACAAACUCUGCAACCCUCCUGCUGACUUGCAUAAGGUUGGCACGCUCGUAACUCCUGACAAUGAUAUCUAUAUAGCAGGGGGGCAAGUUCCUCUGAAAAGCACGAAAACCAAUCAUAGUAAAAGCAGCAAACUCCAGGCUGCCUUCAGAACUGUGAAUUGCUUUUACUUGUUUGAUGCACAGCAAAACACGUGGUUCCCAAAGACACCGAUGCUCUUUGUUCGUAUAAAGCCAUCCCUGGUCUGUUGUGAAGGAUACAUCUAUGCAAUUGGAGGUGACAGUGUUGGCGGAGAGCUCAACAGGAGAACUGUAGAAAGAUACGACACUGAAAAAGAUGAAUGGACCAUGGUAAGCCCGUUGCCUUGCGCGUGGCAGUGGAGCACAGCAGUAGCAGUUCACAACUGCAUUUACGUAAUGGCACACAACUUGAUGUACUGUUAUUUUCCCAGGUCAGAUGCUUGGGUAGAAAUGGCUAUGCGACAGACAAGUAGAUGUUUUGCUUCAGCUGCUGCUUUUGGCGAUAAAAUAUUCUACAUUGGAGGACUGCAUAUUGCCAGCAAUUCUGGUAUACGGCUCCCCAGUAGUACUGUAGAUGGGUCUUCCGUAACUGUGGAAAUCUACGAUGUGAAUAAAAAUGAGUGGAGAAUGGCAGCUAAUAUCCCUGCCAAGCGCUAUUCCGACCCGUGUGUUAGAGCCGUUGUCAUCUCUAAUUCUUUGUGUGUCUUCAUACGAGAAACCCACAUGAAUGAGCGAGCCAAGUAUGCCACUUAUCAGUAUGACCUGGAACUUGACCGCUGGUUUCUGAGACAGCACAUAUCCGAACGUGUGCUGUGGGACCUGGGGAAGGACUUCCGGUGCACUGUAGGAAAGCUGUACCCGUCUUGCCUUGAAGAGUCCCCGUGGAAACCUCCGACGUAUCUCUUUUCACCUGAUGGAGCAGACGAAUUUGAGCUGGAUGGGGAGAUGGUUACUUUUCCGCCUGUAUAGCUCCCCACUUAGACUGCACAACUGAUUCUGCGCAGUUACCUUGAAAUAAAUGAUUGUGAAAGAACAGGUCUGGAAAGAGAAAUGUCAAACCUGUCCUUCAUGAAUUUUAUUUGUAUGCCCUACCUAACAGUUGCAGCAAUUGAGUAUGAAUCAGUGAAAUGAGCAGAUAUGCUUCCAUUAUCUGAAAUACUAUUAUCCAAUAAUUGAGAAACAUAUAUGUAUAUCAUGAGCUUAAGCAUCUGACUUGUCUAAAGAAUUAAUUUCUAGUUCUAUAAAGUCUUGGUUCAGGAAAAUUAGCUUCAGAAAAAGAGUAGUUACUAUUUCUAGGAUGAUGUCACAACUGUUUUGAAAGUAUCUUCCAGUUAUAUUUGAACUACUUCUGGAUAUUCUACUUAAGUGCUAGUUAUAUAAUUGUCAGUGUGGCCUAAUUAAAGGACUGUGCUGCACUUAAUACUAAUAUCCAUGUUGGUAUAGUAAUGCCAUUAAAGAAAAGAAAACAAAAAGAAACAAAUCCCAUGGAUCUACCUGUGGUAGGAAGGGUAGAUCUUCCAUUGUAUGGUAACGUGCAGGGCGAAAUGACUGCAGGUUCAGUCAAGCUGUACUAUUAGGUGCAUGUACUCUUAUUUUCACUAACUUAUACCUGUCUGUUUAGAAUACAGGUCUUCCAAGCAGCUGGUAGUUUACCAGGUGUGGACUUAAGUUGCUGGGCUUGCAAUAGGAAUUGUCAGCCCUCAUAGUGCGGGUCUAUGUGGAGCUUUAAUCAGUAAAUGCCUCCACAUUCUGUAUUACAGUAACAUUGGCUCAUGUAUAUUACUUCCUGCUGCUGAUGUAUUUUUCCAUUGUAAAACAAAGUUUUAGUGUGGAUUAACCAGGUCUUUAUUUUCUGUUAAUUUAAUAACAAGCAUUACUGUAGUGUGAUUGUGUAUAGAUAUCCCUUAGCUAUCAGGUUUUUUACUUUGCGGGGAGGGGGGGAAGCAACAGUUCAGGAAUUUCCUGUGCUCGGCGUGCAGGAGAGCAGAGACUAGUGCUGCUCUGGCAUUAAUCCCAGGAACCACUAGCAGUAGCGGGGCACCGCCAACCUAACAUGAACACAGGUGCUUCAUGACAGACCUUACUAGCAUGUUCAGCUGCAUCAUGUUCUGGCACUGUAUUUUGAAUGACAUUAAUUUAUUAAAAAAGACUGAAUCCAACUGA